AAGCGAUGAAAAUAAUUUUAUAAGACUUUUUCGAUCAUAAGAGUAACAUCAGACCACCCUGUGACGUAUGAGCUAGUAGAUCUCGCGAGUUUAACUGGCCUGCAUUAUUUAUUUUACUAUAAAACACCAAUUUUAACUGAUGGUUAUUAUAUUGAAAUCAAGAUUUUUUUAAAAUAUGAUAUUAGUUACUUGGGAGUGAGAUAGGUAUAAACUUGGUAUAAAUUACAAAAGUUUUUAAUUUGAGCGCGGUGUUUAAAAUAUAAUCCUCUGAUUGAGCUGCUUGAAUUGAUCUUUGUGUAGUAAGCGAAGUAGGGGUGAUGUUGUAUGAUUGUUAAAUUAUGUAUUAUGUUUAUUUCAUAAACAUACCUAAUUCGUAUUUAAAUAUUUGUGAACAAAUCUGCGGAAAAUACUAGUUAUGAUGAAGUAAAAAAGCUUGCAAUGAAGGGCAAUUUUACGGGCAACAUUGCUUGAACCCAAAAUCAAUAACCUACAUGGAAAAUUAAAAAAAAAACAAUUGUCAAUGUCAACUCGAGGGGGGCCGGUGCCGGCUGCUUGUGUCAUUGAAAUAAUUUUAAUAAUAUUUUAAUGUCUUUAUAUAUUAAAAACGUAUUAGUGCAAGCGAAAAAUUGUUAUAGAAGACUAAUAGAUAUGAACAAGAGCACUUACGGGAAACUUCAAAUGUGUGGUACCGAGGAAGAAAUGCGUGAGAUAGCGGGCAGGAUCUGUAGGAACUACCUCCACGGCGCCUGGAAGUCGGUAGACCCUGCCGACCUGGACUUCAAGAGGAUCAGCGGCGGUCUGUCAAAUUUUCUAUACUACGUGGCGUUGCCGUCCGACGUGACUAAGCUGGAAGGCUUCGCACACGAGAGCUCGCCCGAGCUGGAUGACCACAAGAAACCCAUACUCAGUUCACACUCCAUCUACAUGGAGGAACCUAAGAAGGUACUCCUCCGAAUAUACGGACAGGUGCACGGCGAGCGAGCAAUGGACGCCAUAGUGACGGAGUCGGUGAUAUUCACGCUACUCUCCGAGCGCAGGCUCGGCCCCAAACUGCACGGCGUGUUCUCAGGAGGCAGGAUCGAGGAGUACAUACCUGCUCGAUCGCUCCUCACAAAAGAGCUUGCAGAGCCAGCGAUAUCCAUGAAGAUAGCGGAGAAGAUGGCCGCCAUCCACUCGAUGGACGUGCCGCUGUCCAAGGAGCCCAACUGGCUGUGGAAGACCAUGGCCAAGUGGAUGAAGACGGCGCGCGACGAGCGCCUCGCGCCUGACAGUGUUGGCAAGAAUGAAGAAGAGCAGAAUAUCAUCAAGCAGCUGAAGCCAAUAGACUUCGAGAAGGAAAUAGAAUGGCUAAAGAAGUUCGUGUCGUCCGUCGAAUCUCCAGUCGUCUUCUGCCACAACGAUUUACAAGAAGGAAACAUUCUACUCCUCGAAGAUGAAAUCCCUCCAUCGGAGGACGACGAUUUCGUACAAUACGACUCCAAAAACUCCAAAUACGUUCUCCCCCAAUUUGACGAUCAGAACACAUCCGACUCCCUAACCAGCCACAUCUCAGACACGGGCGAACCCAGGCUAGUCCUGAUAGACUUCGAGUACUGCGCCUACAACCACCGGGGGUUCGAUAUAGCCAACCAUUUCCAGGAGUGGGCCUAUGAUUACAAGAAUCCUGAACACCCCUUUUACUACGAGUUUCAGGAGAAUCUACCCACUUUGGAACAAAAGGAGAUUUUCAUCAAGGAGUACCUGAAACAUUACCACACAAACCUGUCUGAAAACAAAAACCAAGUCCACGACCCGUCCAUAGACGAGAUAAACCAGUUGCUGUGCGAAGUGGAGGCUUUCACCCUGGCCACGCACCUUCUCUGGUGUCUAUGGUCCAUCGUCAAUGCCUCCAAGAGCCAGAUCCCUUUUGGAUAUUGGGAAUUCGCGCUCUGCAGGCUGGAGCACUAUAUGCGAUUAAAACAGGAAAUCGUAAAAAAGGACAAGUUCGGCUUCCCACAGAAGAGGAAAAUCUGUGAGGUCGACAUAUGAGUUGCAGGCGAGGAAGCGUAAGUCCUUAUCGCACUUGAGGCGUGCGAGCGAGACGAACUGUGUGAACUGACUAGUGAAGUGAAGUGGAUUUGAAAAAAGUUGUUUCUUUGAUUUUUUACGGAUAUACUAUUUACACGACUAAUUUUUCAUUACCAUAAAAAAAUCUGCCUAAUUGGAUUUCUAGACUCAACCACGUUAAUAUGUAGUUUUAAAAAAUCGGUCAAGUGCGAGUUGAACUUGCAAACAAAGGGUUCCGUACCAUGGGACAAGAAAUAACACUUUGAUUUUUAAAAAAAUUUAUUAUUUGUGGCUAUAGCGGCAAUAGAAAUACACAUUUAGUGAAUAUUUCAACUCUACGUAUUAAAAUUCAUGAUAAACAGCCCGCUGACACACAGAUGGACGGAUAGCGAAGGCUUUGGUAAUAGGGUCCCGUUGAAACCUUGGGUACGGAGCCCAUUAAAUAUAAAAUCGAGUUUCCUAAAAUAGCAAUAAUAAUUUGCCAAAAUAUAGGUAAUUGUAGUUAUAGCCACACAUUUAAAACUUUUUUUUGGUAAUUAAAAAAUAGUCGUAUAUAAUGACAUAAUUUUUUAACCAUCUCAAGACAGUUGACUUUAAAAUGAAACCUCGAUUUUUAAGAACACUCUGUAUAUAGCUGAAUGGGACGUGUCAAAAUAAGUGUAGACAUAGAGUGAAAAAGUGGAGUUUUUCAAAAGUAUCAUUACCCAUAUUCUGUACCUUGACUUAACUUUAAAAUUACAAUUUUUCAAUAAAUAUUUGCUAUUAAAUAUGUAUAUGACAAAAAACGUAUCAUGUAAAAUAUACAAUUCAUAAUAAUUAAGACGAAUUGUUUAAACUAUGUAUUUCGUUAUUUAAAAUUUUGACUGAUGAUUAAAUUUGAAAAAAAAUGUACUUAAUAAUAUUGUAAAAAAAUCUUCAUCCGAAUCCAAGUUACGUAGUACAUUUGUAUCUAUCUUUUUCAAAUCAUAAAUAAUGUAAAAUAUGUAAAUAAACCUUAUUGAGUACCAUAUAAAAACAAUCGACUUCGUCUUUUCAACCGACAGACGUCCACUAUUGGACAAAUUCCACGGACUCGUACGAAGCGAUUCGCUUCCUCGUUUCUAAUACGCACUACUAGAAAUAUGGAAUGCCCUUCUGGCUUCCGUUUUUCCCGCUAGCUAUAAUGCUUGUAUCAUCAAAAGAAUAGGCACCUUCUAGGCAGGCGCAUUCCACCUUAGGCUGCAUCAUCACUCACUGGUUGGUAUGAUUGCAGUCAAACAAGCCUAUAUAGUAAAAAAUAAAAACAGAUUUCUUGCAAGAAUCUCUUACCCAGCGGCUCCCAGUGACUCGCUUGAGAUCGCCUGUCCAACUACUAGAGGGUCGUCCAAUGGCACUUUGGGAUCCCAAAGUUUAUCGGUUUUUUUAAACAGUAUUAACGCACAAUUUUUUUAAACAUUCCUCUAAAAAUCAUUAAAAAGAAUACUCGAAUUACACCAUUCAAUAUUAUUACUAUGCUGCAAUAUUAUUUUACCUAUAAAAAUAUUUUAUAAAUCAUCAUUUAUUUACUUACUAUGCCAAGUGUCCACUAGCAAUAUAACUUGCAAAACUCAGCUCUGGCAACUCAAUUGCUCGGUCUAUACACUUGCAGCAAGUCAAAGUCAAGUUUUGAAGUGAAGUUUGAUAGCUGCGUUGCGCGUUUGGCUGUCGGAGAUUAAAAGAGCUCUGCAUGAUCGCUCGCAAGUCGAGCGUGACAUCAUGCUAUUGCAAUCAACAUUUACGGAUGGAACACUACAGAGCGAGAUGCGUCAUCUGUGAUUUUUUAAAUUCCUACAUCCUUCACAUAACUCUUGUUAAAUAUUUAUUAAUAUAAUAUACUUUCAUAGACAAAUGCAUAGAAGUUUCGCUUCCCAACACCACCAUUUGUUCCCAUUGGAAUUCCGCAAUCAAAAACUUCCGCAAAUUGUCGCAGAAUGACUUUAGCAAUUUUUAUUGCCAGUGAACCCUGCUUUAGGCUACAGACAAAUCUCGAAAUUCAUUAGAUUUGUCCAUAUCUUUAGUUAGUAUAGACUAUAGAAUUUUGCACGUAAUUUAAAAUUUUUGAGCACCAAUGCUUAGUUUUAACAAGAUUUCAAGGUGAAAAUGUGCCUUGGCUGUUGAGACGUGUUAGUCUGUAUGUUAUUGGGAAGCUAUUUAUUUAUUUAGUUUGAAAACUCUAAAAAUAAUAUUAUUAUGUGUACUUAUUAAGUGCAGCUGCACUCAAAACUCAUUAAGAAAGAAAAACUCAAAAUUAGAAAAAAUCAUAAAAUUUAAAGUUUUUGUAAAUUAUUAAAAAAAGUUUUUGUUGCAUCUUCUAGAAUAAAAGAAGUGUGAUAUUUGUGCGUAACGUUGAUAGGUAUAACAUUCCCAAAAAAAACUAAAAAAUAACCCCAAAAAAAAAUGCAUUUCGUACGUAGUACUUAAAAUUUAGUCGUUUUUGUGAUCGUUAUUAAAAUUUUUCGACAAUGGAUUCCUAUUUUUGUUAUAUUUAUUUGUUAUUUACGUGUUAUGCUUUGGUUUGGACCAAAAAUCCUUAUUGUGUGAUAAUUUUUUGUACCUAAAUUAUGGCAACAUUACAUAGUAGUGAAACUUAAAUUAUUCUUUUUUUUACGAAUUAAAAAACUUAAGUUUUCUAAUAAAAAUUAAAAAAAAAAACAUAAAAUUGGUGUAUUCAUAUGGAUUCCUACAUUUUUAUGUAAAUUACCAAAGAAUUUAACAAAAAAAGUUUUUUGAGUACAUUGCAUUGAAUGUGUUUGUGCCGAUUUCGCUAUACAAAAAUCUCAAACUAUACUAAAUUGAAAUUGACAGUCAAUUACAUACAAUACACUCAAUCAAUAAUCAAUCACAUAUAAUACUGAACACGAAGCAUAUGACUGAGCAAUGAGCAUUGUACAAAAACAGAUCCAGGGGCUUAUAUGUAUAUUAUAGAACGCUAGCAAAACUGAAGCUUGACCUGAUCGUUACUGAUAAGAUGCCACAAAGAAAAACGCGAAAAAAUAAAUCAAAAACCCUGUAUUUUGUAAAAGUUCGCAAUGUAUUGCAAAAAACAUCUGACUGAUGCUAGAGGUCAACGAAUGUUGCGUAGAUAGGUGCGCGGGAGUAUUGACCCCGAGUUAGUAAAUCACUAAAAUCACAAGUAUUAUUAUUAUUGCAAAUGGUUAUUGGUAUUGGAUUGUGUUAAGGUAGUAUACCUAAGCGCUAAGUGUUUACUAGCGUUCUAACAAACCCUGUAUAUUUUAUCUAUAGGCAAUGACCUGUGCAAACUGCCGUGUUGCAACUUUAUAGUAUACUAUUAGAGUGGACUUAUAGUACUACCACUUCUAUAAAUCGUAUCGAAAAAAUUCGUUUGCGCAGAAAAGUGCAACCUAACGCCGACCAAAACAGAAACGAGUGUACACCAAUGAAAUAAAGACCUUAUUGCUUGACGUUAAGAUUUUAAACACAAGAACAACAGAGACUCGUGCUAUCUCGCUCAUAAUUCGCGCGUACAAAACAUGGCGCGUAGGCAACAACCAAUAGCGGACGGACGCGCGCUAUGAUUGGCUGAGAUAUUUUAGCUUAUAACAGUGGUAGUACUGUACUUACCUAUUCAUAAACUAUAAAAACUUGUAUCUGACAUAAUAUUAUAUACAAAUUAUGUUUAAAUGUAAGUAUAUUAAUUAAGUACUUAUUUUUGUGUUGUGAUAAUUAAUUAUAAAUUAAUAUUGUUAUGUAAUGAGAUGAAAAUGCAAAUUUGUUUAUACUUGUGUAACUUAGUGACAAAAUUAUUUAAUAAACUUUAUUUAAAAAUUAA